AUGGCAUUCUUUCUUCCCCAGACUUUCUACCACAUCCAGGCUCCCCAGAACCCACUCUACCAUCUCCUCCGGGAGCUUGACCAGUCGAUUCAGCAGCCCCAGCGAAAGCGCCAAUGCCAGCCUCAACAAAAGAGCCGCGCUCAAGCUUCCUGCCCUGCCUAUCGGGUGAACUCCCGCCCAUGGGAGCCCCGAUUUGAGGCCCACGAGACUGAGGACUCCUUCGUUCUUUACGGCGAGCUUCCAGGCAUGAACAAGGAGCACGUCACUGUCGAGUUCCCUGAGCCUCGCAAGCUUGUCGUCAGCGGCAAGGUUGAGCGAUUCACAGAGGAGCCCAAGGCAGUUGAAACCGCCACAACAACCACUGAGGAGGCUGCUCCCGCCCCAGCCACCGAGUCAGACAAUGAAGACACCCGAAGCAGAAGCUCUUACCAGGCCACUGUCGAGGAUGAUGUCGAUGACGACGAGUUUGAGGUUUUGAGUCACACAUCAGAGAAGUCAAAGACUGUCAGCCAGCCAGAGCCGGAGACUCUCAGUGAGAAGGCACAGGAGAAGCAGCCCGCGCAGCCCGAAGAGCCAAAACGCUCUGGCUAUAGCAAGGAGUUCUCCCGCUACUUCACUUUCCCCACCUAUAUCAACCACGACGCGGUCACUGCCGACCUCAAGGAUGGUCUUUUGACCAUAGUGGUUCCCAAGGCUACUCCCAAGUCUCAGCGCAUCAUCAUUAACUAA